CACACGCGAACGUUUGUGCUCUUGAACAGCCCUCUAAACGCUGUAGAACCAGACGGACGUAGCACCGGGCAUAGGAGGAAACCUCAGCUGAGAGGCUCGCAGCCAUCAAAGUGAUUCAUCGGAUCAGUUUUAACUCCUGACUGGGUUGGAAGAUGAAGAUCGCUUUGCUGGGAGCCACUGGGCAGACUGGACAGUUUCUGGUCAAACAGGCGCUGGAGCAGGGCCAUACGGUCACCGCCGUCGUCAGGAACCCGGCGAAGCUCACAGUGCACCAUGACAACCUCAAGGUUGUGUCGGCUGAUAUUUUCUCAGCAGACAGCCUGAAGCCUCAUUUCAAAGACCAGGAUGUCGUCAUGUCCUGCCUCGGCUUUCCGGCUUCCUUCUUCUCCGGCGUGACGGGCUACACCACGUCGAUGGCGGCCGUGGUCAGCGCCAUGAGAGAGGCCCGGGUCAACAGGGUCAUCACCAUGACCUCUUGGUACACAGACCCUAACUCUGGAGCCCAGUCUCCGUUCCUGAUCCGGUUCCUUCUCCUGCCGAUGAUCCGCAGCGUCCUCAGCAACAUGUACGAGAUGGAGCGCUUCCUGCAGAAAACCGAGGACAUCAACUGGACCGUAGUUCGGCCGCCCGGCCUGAAGGACCUGGCAGCCUCAGCUCAGGAGUUUCUGACGCACGAGGGAUACUUUGUGCCUGACAGCAGCGCUCAGGUGGGAAGAGGAGACGUGGCUCGCUUCAUGCUGUCCCUGCUGAACAGCAACGCCUGGGUCAAGAAGGGCGUCGCCUUCACCACCAAAUGAAGUCACCGGCCGUUUCUAGCCACGCAGACGUUUUCUGGUUACUUUGGUGUCCGUGCUGCACUGCAAAAACAAAAUCUUCCCAAGUAUUUUGGUCUAGUUUCUACUGCAAAUUUGUUAGUUCACUUGAAAUAAAAACCAACUCAUAAGUUGGGUUGUUUAGAGUCAAUAACUCCUUAAUAUUGAUGAAAAAGUUCUAGUUUUUCUUCUAUAAGUUAAGGAGAUAUUGACUUAAAACAAGUUCAUGGAGCUCGCUGAGAAGUUACUGGUAAUUUAUUUCAAGUGUACUAAGAUAUUUUCACUAGAAACCAAGAUAAAAUUACUUGGUAAAAUGUUGUGUUGUACAUUAACCAAAGCUUUAAUGGGAGCAGCAGCAGCAUACCAGAUAGGGGCGUCGUCACUGUGCCUGCUCUUAUUACUAAAAAUAAACGUUAUAUAUUGUAAGUGUUCCAGGUAAAAUGCGUCAUAAAGGUCCAGUUUUCUCUACGCUCUUAAAUUUAUCCGUCUAAAUGACUAACAGAAGAAUUACCGGCUGGAUUUAAUUCACUGGGAUUUAAAAUAUUUCUGAUAAGGUUUAUAGGUGGUUGUGAACAUUUAGUCACUACUUCUCUUAUGGUACUAAAGGGCAAAAAUGAUUGAUUGGAUAAUUUUUCCAGACAUAUGAAUAUUUAGUAAGACUGUAAACACGUUUCCCUAAUAAAACUAUCAGCUUUACUGUGAGGUUUGAGUUAAAGUUGCAUUUAGAAAAGUUUAGAAAAUCUGCAGUCUUUUUGCAUGAACUAUGUUCAAAAAAUAUUCUUACAGUGGAUAAAACUUUACAAUUA